ACAGAGUUCCGUUUCCAGCACUUUCUACGCUCGGCGGCUAUUCGCAGCGGCACCGCUACAGAGGCAGGCAGCAGCGGCGAGAGGCUUCUAGAAACAACGUGCCGGCACAGGCUGCUCCCCGCCGCUCACACACACUCACACACAAACACUUUUAUAAACUGUUUAUCCAGCCCCAAAAUGGCUAAAUGGGGAGAAGGGGACCCUCGCUGGAUCGUGGAGGAGAGAGCCGACGCGACUAAUGUCAACAACUGGCACUGGACUGAACGAGAUGCAACAAACUGGUCGUCCGACAAGUUAAAAUCUCUGCUGCUCGGGCUGAGUGUGGAGAACGAGGAUGGAAGGUGUGAGGUGACGGAUGUGAGCAAAGUGGAAGGAGAAGCCUCGAUCAACAACCGCAAAGGGAAACUUAUUUUCUUCUACGAAUGGAACCUGAAAGCAACUUGGACCGGAAAGACAAAAGGAGGCGUCAAGUACCAAGGAGGUAUCGAAGUCCCAAACCUCUCCGACGAGAACGACAUGGAGGAUCUUGAUAUCGCUAUAUCGCUGAACAAAGACGAGCCGGAGACGCCACUGCUCAACCUGAUGAGGACGAAGGGAUCCGACAAAGUGCGUGAAGCUUUGGGGAGUUACGUCGGUUUCUUAAAAACAGAGUUCACACAGGGAAUGAUCCUGCCCACCGCUAACGGAGUGUCCAAGCCUCAGUCGUCCUCGCAGGCAAAAACCAAGAUGGACAAAACUCAGAUUUCCUCGGGCAGCACGGCCACUCCAGUCAACACCGGCGUCAAGAUCCCCACCUGUAAAUUCAGCAUGAAAGACACCUUCCUCACCUCGCCAGCCGAACUCUACAGGGUUUUUCUCAACCAGGAGAUGGUCCAGGCUUUCACGCACGCUCCCGCGAGCGUCGACGGAGAGAAGGGCGGAAAGUUUCGUCUGCUAGACGGAAAUGUUUUCGGAGAAUUCACAGAGCUGGUCGCCGAGCAGAAAAUAGUCAUGAAGUGGCGGUACAGCACCUGGCCCUGCGAGCACUACGCGACCAUCACCCUGAGCUUCUGCGACCGAGGCAACGAGACGGAGCUGAAGCUGGAGAGCCGGGGCGUCCCGGAGAGCGACGAGGAGAGGACGAAACAGGGCUGGCAGAGAUACUACUUCGAGGCUAUCAAACAGACUUUUGGCUUUGGAGCGCGACUCUACUGAAGACGGUCGACCGCAGUGCUGUUUUCUUUUUGAUCCGUUAAGUUUUUUUUUUUGUUUUGUUUUGUUUUUUUAAAUCACUAUGUCGCUCAGUCUCUCUGGCACAAAGCUGUCCGACUGUAAACUCCUGUUAGAGUAACGACAGAGACAAAGUAGGUGGGAUCAAUCUGUCACCUGUCAUCUGUAUAUGUAUAAAUGUUUUAAUUUCUAGAAGGCGUCGAAUUCUAGAAGAUUCUCCCCGUCAGUAUUUUUGGUCAGUUUUGCUAAAGGAACGUUAACGGACUGUGCCUUUGGGAAUCAUGAUGGAAAAUGGAUGAAUAAAGAGAGAAAGUAUCUAUUGAACCACUAAAUGCAAAUUGGCCUCCAGUUCUAUACCUAUUUAAAUGUUUGAAAGAGUUUUAAAAAAAAAAAAAAUAGUAAUUUUAUUUGAAGGAAGAAAGGAAAAAAAAAGUCUGUUUCUUUGGAAAAAUAAGUGAUUGUUAUUUUCUACUUCAUUUAUUCUUUGGCGUUUAAACUGUAGUAAAGAUGCUUUUCAGCGCCGAUGCAUGUUCCAUGUAAACGAGUUAGACGGACGAAUGACUACUGGAUUUGAACUAUAUUAAUGAACUGUCACCAUCGCUCAGCAGUACUGUACUUUUCAACCGUUUGGUUCGGUUUCUGAGUUCCUCAUGCGCAUCACAACCUCAGCGUCUCUGUAAAGGAUCGGACUCAAACGCAAGUCAAUGUUGGAACAUGUAAAUAUUUUCAAUUUCUUAUGCAGGUAGCUAGCGUAGCAACUGAAGAAGAAGAAAAAAAAACAACUUUUGCUAUAUUUGGCUUCAAAAUGUAAAUUUCUAGGGCAAAAAAAAAAACAAUAAUGUAAAUUUCCAUGAGGUUUUCAGAACAAAAUGCAUCUAUUUAUUCCUCAUUUCAUCCCUGCACAUUGUAAAAAGAAGUUUCUUGUAAUAAACCAAUCCCUGUAUCCACCUGACUGUGA